GUUCAUUAUCACAGGAAGUAAUAUUUUACACACAGCUACAGCUUUAGUUUAAUCAUCAAUGUGGGGGAGAGGAAGUCGACAUGAAUGACGUUGUUUAUUAUUUUUUUUUUUUAAAUGUAUCGACUUUUUUCAGACGAUUUCUGGAUUGCCGGCAAACCAUACAUGUGUGCUCGGAACUUUAUGUUUAGUUUUCAUUUCUAUAGGGAAGUAAUAAUGUGUUGCACACAAACAGCUGAAGAUUAUUUAGUUUAAUCAUCCACAUGUGAGACGCUUAAUCAACACGAAGGACGUUUUUCUUAUUUAUUUAAAAAUACAUUUAAAUUUGCGUUUGUUUUUCAUGACUUCAACAACAAUGUAUCUUCAAUUUUUUCGAACUUUUUCUGGAGUAACAGCAAAGACACAUUUGGCGCCAGUAAGGUCUUUCUGCGCCUCAAAACAAGGUGAGGGGCAGGUCGUGGUUUCGGAGCGAAUGGCCUCUGUGGUAAGCGUGGCAAUAAACCGCCCUGAGGUGCGUAACGCGGUCAACCAGGAGACAGCGAUGCGUCUGCUGGAGGAGCUGGAGGCCUUUGAGCAAGAUCCAGCCUUGAAUGUGGCUGUCCUGCACGGGAUAGGAGGGAACUUCUGUGCUGGUUAUGAUUUAAAGGAGCUGGCCAAUCACACAGCCACGCUCAAAUUGGAGCAAGAUGUCACCAAGGCUCCUGGGCCAAUGGGUCCCUCCCGUUUGGAGUUCUCUAAGCCGUUGAUCGCAGCAGUCAGUGGUUUUGCCGUGGCUGGAGGACUGGAACUGGCCCUGCUGGCCGACCUCAGGGUGAUGGAGGAAAACGCUGUCAUGGGGGUGUUCUGCCGCAGGUUUGGAGUUCCACUGAUCGAUGGAGGUACCGUGAGACUCCCGCGGCUCAUUGGUCUGUCCAGAGCUCUGGACCUGAUUCUGACCGGGCGUCCUAUCGGAGCACAGGAAGCGCUGGCGUAUGGGCUGGCUAACAGAGUUGUCCCUGAUGGCCAAGGAUUACAGGCGGCCCUGCAGCUUGCCGAGCAGAUUAGCUCCUUCCCGCAGCAGUGCAUGAGAUCUGACCGCUCCUCGGCCAUCUACAACUGCUACGACGCAUCCUCCUUCACGCAGGCCAUGCAGUAUGAAAUGGACCACGGAGCGCCAGUCAUUUUGUCUGAAGCCAUCGCUGGGGCAGCUAAAUUCACUACCGGAGCUGGAAGAGGAGGGACUUUUUCAUAAGCUUAUUUAUUUUAUUAUGUGACACACAAAUCAUCUCUUAUUCUAAAGUAGCAGAAAGCUUACCCUUGAUUUUCACAGCAUGCUGCUCGGGAAAUGCCUGUACAUGUUUCUUAAAUUUUGGACGUUCAUAUUUUGCAUGUUCUCAUCCAUUUGUGUCAACGUGUUGAAAUUACGUCUGAAAAUCUUUGACAAGUUGACUUCAUGUCCGUCUCCGCCCAUUAGGACGUGUUAAAUAGUGUUAAAUACGAUCCGCCUUGAAGACGGACAAUUUUAUAUGGAAAAUAAACCAAAUAAUUGAUUUUGUUUGUGCAUGACUUCCUGUCCAACACAAGCAGAUUUGAGCUAAAUUGAACCGCUGUGUUGAAGGGUGACCGUCAAAAAUAGAAGCCUUGCAUAUACUGUAUUUAGUACAGUGACAUUCCGCAGGUGGUGGAAAUGGUCACAUUAGGUUUGGAUGAUAUGGACCAAAACUAAUACCGUGGUAUUUUUAGUCCGAAUGGCGGUAUACGGUAUAUACCUGUAUUUAAAAAAUAAAAUUAAAAUGUGUUUAAGGGUGCCUAAGUGUUUUACGACUGGAUGACCAGUGUUGAGAGUACUCAGAUGAUUUUUGUCGAAAGUAGUAAUGUGUUGUUUAUUCUUAGAGUAAUUAGCUAGCUGUUACUAUGUAAGCAGUUUUCGUUCAUUUGGUUUAUAGCAUCACGCUUGUGCGCGGGGAUAGAUGGAGCUUCUACUCGUUCACUGCGGUGUAAGCAGCUGGCUGUUAAGUUUGAAACUAAUUUUUAGCCACCCAGCUGAGUCCGCCGCCGUGGCAAUGACAUUUCCCAGCCAAUUCGCAUCCUGUGGAAAUCAGGGGUUAGUCUAGGCCAGGCGAUGGUAUUCAUUAGAAUGCCCUAAUUUGUCAUCAUUACUGUAUUGACCCAAAUAUAAGACAACAGUGAUGGUCACUGUGAAUGACAGCUCUGACUUGUUCAGGCAACAAUCUUGGUUGGUUUGUGUAUGCCCUUUAAAUCUCUAGACUCCGAAGAUAAGACAAUUUGACAUCUUUCAGUUUUCUACGGAAAAUACUGUAUACUGUUUUAUAUUUAGGUCAACAGUGACUUUCUGUACUAGUAAUAUGCCAAUGUUAAAGGGGAACUGCACUUAUUUAAAUUUAUUUUGCCUAUCGUUCACAAUCACUAUGAAAGACAUGACAACGGAUGGAUAAAAAAAAAAAGGAUUCUAAAUAAUAAAUAAAUGUAAAUAAAAGUCCGCUUACAGCGAAGCCAAUGGGAGCUACACUAUUCCGCCCAUAAAAUCCGACAAACAUUCAGAAAGCGCCGAUAAUACUCAAUUUACAUUUUGUGACUUAAAUAUUAACCAAGUAUUAGUGAUAUUAUUGUAAAUGCUAAGGCAGACAAACUAUUCUGAGCGGCGUCGUGAUCACUUCCGGGUGUUUCUAUGUUAAAUCAUCGAAUCGUUUGCUGUUUCCUUGGCUCUCUGUAAGUUUAUUCUAUAUCAUAAAUCAUACAACUCACCUGGAAAGUAGAUGGCUGAAGAUAUAAACCGACAAAUUGGGACACUUUGAUAGCCAUUUAGGACCUGGAACUGGCGAGAACGACACGAAAAGCACUUGUUCCCCCACCCCGUUUCUUCGCAAGGAUUAUGAGACAUUCUUCAUCUAAAUGGGAAUAUAUGAACAUUCCAGCAGUCAGCAUCUUAAUGACUGCAGACCUUGCAUGGUAAGUUAUGUUUUAUUAUAUUUUGUUGGCUCUCCUAAAGUCUGCAGGGAGCAGAAAUCAGUGAUGGAAAAAAAAAGCAAACGUCAUGAUGCAUUUUUGUAUGCUUAAAAUGAUCAAAAUACGUAAAUAUUAAAUGUUAUUAUAAAUGUGCCCAUUAUUACAUUCAUACAUACUUACAUCAUGUAUAUAAAACUCUAAUGGAAAAAAAAAAAAAAAAGAAGAGAAUUAUUGAACGGCUCCCAUAGGCUCCAUUGUAAGCUGACUUUUGAUCGCUUUUAUUUAAUAUUUAGAAUGGAUUAAAAAAUACAUCUGUCGUCAUGUCUUUCAUAAUGAUUGCGAACGAUAGGCAAAAUUCCCCAAAAAGUGCAGUUCCCAUUUAAUGUGCCAAAGGGUGAAAAAUAAACUUUAAUUUAAACUGG